AUGGACGUUAGCAGGAUGAGCUUCAGAAGAUCGUCCCAUACUCGAGUGUCACGCGCCUCCACUUCCGGCAUCAGCAGGUUCUUCAAGCAGUCCAGGCGAAAGCAGUCGACGAGAAUCAGGAAAUGCAUGUGUCUACCGUCCAAUUACGCCAUCGUGGAGUUUCCCGUCGUCUGGUCCGAGCUCAGGGCUAACCAGCAGCUGUGCGAUGGUGUCAUAAGAUGCCCGAGGGAUCAAGUAUUCCCAGUCCAUCGCGCCAUACUAUCCGCGGUGAGCCCCUACUUCAAGGCCCUUUUCACCAACAGCUUGAGAGGCGGAAAAACCGAGACCUCAGAAGUCGUCAUCAAUUCCGUGCCCGGUGAAAUUUUCAGUCUGAUCCUCGAUUACGCCUACACGGGCACCUGCAACAUAAACGCGGACAAUGUCGAGCAACUAUUGCCGGUCGCCGAUCAGUUCGAAGUCCUCGGAAUCGUUCAGCUCUGCUGUCAAUUCUUGCUACAGGAGCUACGACCGGAGAAUUGCUUAGGUAUUUUCAAAUUUGCACGCCACUACUUCUGUCGCGAUCUCGAGAAGCAAGGCCGUAAAUACAUACGUCACCACUUCAAGCAGAUACUGCAGGAGAGCGCGGAAUUCAAGGAUCUCCAUUACGAUGAAUUGGAGGCAAUAUUGCGCGACGAUGAGCUUAAUGUGAAAAACGAGGAGAUCGUGUUUGACGCUGUCAAGACGUGGGUUGAAACUAGUGUCGAGAAGAGGCGGGUUUAUUUACCGAGGUUGUUGAAAUGUAUACGUUACGGUCUCAUGAGUCAUAAGUAUUUCAUUAAUAACAUCCUCAACUGGAAGCUCGUCGAGGAGGAUGAGGCGUGCCAACAAAUACUGCUUCCUGUAAAUACCUAUUUAACCGAGCAAGAUGCAAAGCAGAACAGUGGCGAGAUCGAUCUAAAAAAUCCUCUUGCGAGACCCCGAAUCCCAUACGAAAUAUUGUUUGCGAUCGGUGGAUGGAGCGCUGGUUCGCCCACCAGUUUUGUAGAAACUUAUGACACAAGAGCUGACAGAUGGUUCGUAUCAAUGAACACGGAUGUAACACCGAGGACUUAUCAUGGACUGUGCACCCUGAACAAUCUCAUUUAUAUGAUCGGCGGAUUCGAUGGCAACGAGCACUUUAGUACAGUGCGAUGCUUCGAUCCGGUGACGAAAGAAUGGCGAGAACGCGCCUGCAUGUACCAUGCCAGAUGUUACGUCAGCGUUUGUACGCACGGCGGCAAGAUUUAUGCGCUCGGCGGAUACAAUGGCCGCACAAGGAUGAGCUCCGGCGAACGAUACGAACCGCAGAGGAACCAGUGGGAGAUGAUACCGUCGAUGCAUCGGCAACGAUCGGACGCGAGCGCGGCCGCCCUACACGACAAGAUCUACAUCGUCGGCGGCUUCAAUGGCCAGGAAGUUCUCGAUUCGGCCGAGGUCUUUGAUGUGGAGACUAACCAGUGGACCAACAUCCACUCGAUGAUCAGUCCGCGAUCCGGGGUCUCCCUCGUCGCCUUUCGCGAUAGUCUCUAUGCUCUCGGCGGAUUCAGCGGCGUCGCCAGAUUGAGUUCCGGAGAGCGUUACACUCCAAAUCAUUCCGACCAAUGGCACGAGAUCUCGGAAAUGUUUAGCCCACGCAGCAAUUUUGCCACAGUCAUACUUGAUGAUAUGAUUUUUGUUAUUGGCGGUUACAACGGAUCGAGUACAAUCGCGUACGUCGAAUGUUACGAUGCGGAUUACAACGAAUGGUACGAUGCAUCUCCCAUGAAUCUCAGUCGCAGCGCUCUCAGUGCCUGUGUGCUAGCCGGUUUGGCGAACGCACGAGAGUACUCCUAUCUCGGCAAAGCGCGAGAUCUCGGUCAAGGGCAAGCAACAUCAAAGAAUCGGGAAAAGUCUCAAACUGGCGAGGAUUCAACCGAGACUAAUAUUAUAAUCUCCGCACGAGAAAAUGGACCGAUCGACGUAAGCGAGUCGGUGCACUGA